UAAUUCUCAACAUCAGCUGAAAAUAUUUCGGUUUUCGACCCUUCGGAAUUUCCAUACAUUUUGCUAGUUGGCAUCGUUUAUUAUGCAUUAUUGAACGUUUAUUGAAUUACAUUGAUGGAAACAAACAACAAAUAAAUUCCAGGAGUAUUCUACAUGCCAGAAUAUGGAGAAGAUCAGAGAUAUUCUACAUAGAUUUGAGGGGAACAAAUACAGCGAAACACCUGUGAGUCUGCUUUACCUCUUCCAGGAUGCCUUGUCGAAAAAACAAGACGAUAUUGUGAAAGCUUUGGUUUUUCCAGAUAGUCCGAUCCUUUCAGUUGUUGACUCGUAUCAAACAACCGCUCUUCAUAGCCUUUGUUGGAGCUUUCGAGAAUCCAUCAUUGAUGUGCUUCAAGCUCUAAUUGACCUUGGAAUGAAUAUCGAUGCACAAGAUAGCUUUGGUAACACUCCUUUACACAAAGCUAUGGUGUCCUGGGGACAUAAUUAUACCUCGCGGGACAAAUCUGCUGCUGUAGCGUUAUUGCUAAAAAAUGGAGCAAAGAAAAAUAUCUACAACGAGAAUGGUGUAACUCCAAUUCAAUUGGCGUUACUCUCAGGACGUGUAGAAGCAGUCGAAUUAUUCCUGACAAAAUUAGAGGAUGCCCAGGAAGUCGAUGAAGCUGAAAGAACUCAGCAUUUAAUAAAACGUCUCUUUAAGGAAAACAAUGAUUUUCAUCUAUCAAGUGAAAAUUAUUCAACACUUCUGCAUUUUCUGAUUAUUCAGAAUGACGUAGAAGCAUUCGAAUAUGUUCUACGCAAUAAUGACUUUGAUGUAAAUGCAAUCAAGUAUUACCCGGCUGGUUAUUGUUCUUUUGGACAUACGUUAUUGCAUCUUGUUGUUGAGUUAAAUACUAUGGGUUCUGCAGAUACACCACGAAUGAUUAGAGCUUUGGUCAGUAGAGGCGCUAAUUUAAAUUCCAAACCCUAUAAUAAAAAUACUCCACUCUUUUUUCCAAUUCUAAGAGGCCAAGAUGAAAUUGUUCUGUGUCUAUUAGACUGCGGAGCUUCAAUAAACGUUAAGGUAAAAUACAACUAUACAGUUUUAACACCUCUUCAUUGUGCUAUUCUUAAAGGCCAUUUGAAAAUUGUGGAAUUGCUGGUCAACAGAGGAGCUGACCUAGAGGCUAAAAAUGCAGAAGGUCAAACUGCACUAGACUACUCUUGUAAAAGUGCAAAUUUAGAUGCAGUGAAGCUGCUCUUAAGUCGUGGGGCUAAAAUUAACAAAUCAACCCUAAAUCUUGCCAUCCAAGGAGAUUGUUUUGGGCGGGACUCUUUAAAAGCUUUCCACAUUAUAGAUGUUCUGUUGGAGAAUGGUGCUGAUGUUAAUGCUGCAGAUUUAUUGACUAUGGAAACACCACUUCAUUUAGCCUGUUUAUCUAACCAUGAGGAUGAAUUAAGAUGGACGGCAUCAAGUCAAGCAACAAUUAUUACACGUUUAUUGAAAUCCAAGGCUAAUGUUAAUGCUCUAGAUAGAAAGGCAUUGACACCUCUUAAUCACGCUCUUCAGAAUCAUCAUUUAUGUAGUUGCAGGGGUAGAGGUUUGCAUGAAGAUUUUCGUAACGCUCUCAAACCCGACUUACAGAUUUUAAUUGCUUUAAUUGCGAAAAUGAUAGUAAGAAAGGAGUGGGUGUGUGAGGAGAACCUGAAAUUGUUAAACGAUAAAUUUGUUCGUACAAUUUACGAGGAAUGUGAGAAGGAAAUUACACUCAUGAAGAAGAAUAUUUAUGAAUUCUUGAAUUUUUCAUUUUUAAAUAUCUUGACUGGAGAUAUUGAUGACUUGAGUGGCGCUCUAAACAAUAAGGAUCUCGUGCAGGUUUUAGAAGUCUGUGAUUAUAAGAACAAUUUCCCAAUAUACGGGGAAGAUUUGGAAGAACGUCUUCAGGAAGCCAAAUUUAGACAACCACUCAUGGAAAUGGGAGUUUAUCUUUUUCGGAAACAUAUAAAGAAAUAUAUUUCACUCGAGGUUGUUCUAGAAAUAUUUAGAUAUCUACAUCUUAAGGAUUUAAAGAACUUUGCAGAAGCUUGCUUUGUGAAUGUUCAAGGCAGUGUAUAAAUAUCUUGAGUAGGAAGAUUAGAAUAUAAUUAUUUUAUAAUAACAUUUCAUAACAUCUUCUUCUAAUAAAAAUCUGUUUGUUAUUU